GUCAUACGACUCUUAGUAAAGAACACGUUCGAAACGGUUGAUAAUUAUUGUGUAACAAAGACUUGAGCAAGGAAGUUUGAAUUAUUUUUGUAACAGUUAUAGUAUAUUUUCACAAAAUGGCGACAAAAAGAUUGAAUAAGGAACUUUUAGACAUUUCUAAAUGUCCUCCACCAGGUAUUUCUGCAGGUCCAAUUAACGAUGACAUGUUCACUUGGGAGGGCAUGAUAACAGGACCAGACAAAAGUCCAUACGCUGGAGGGGUAUUUUUCGUACGAAUAAUGUUUCCAAGUGAUUAUCCGUUCAAACCCCCAAAGGUAAAAUUUACCACAAAAAUAUACCAUCCAAAUAUUAAUGGAAAUUCAGGAGAAAUCUGUUUAGACUUACUACGGUCACAAUGGUCGCCAGCUUUAACUAUAUCAAAAUUAUUACUCUGUAUAACAUCUUUAUUAACGAGUCCAAAUCCUGACGACCCACUUGUUCCGGACGCUGCAAAACUUUAUAAAUUGGAUGUGAAAAAAUACAAUAAAACCGCGACAGAAUGGACACGAAAAUAUGCCAUGUAAUGUGGUCGACUAUAGUGUUAUAUAAAUUGUUUUCCUUUAACUUUGUAUGACGGAACUUUAUUAUUUUACUGUUGUUUAUAAAAGAAUGUUUUGUAUUGUUAAAUUUCUCCAUUUUAAGUGAAUAAAUGUUCGUUUGCGAAGGUUUUAUGGACUUAUUUAUUUGUUUUAUAUAUUUGAAAUAAAAAUUGUAGUA